GAAAUAUAGGUCACUCCCUCUUUGCUUCGAUGUCACAUGACGACAGAUGUGCAACAGCAAAAGAUUAGGAGACACAAUGUUGCAGUUGUCAUGUAGUCGCUUCAGGGUUUACUUAACGUCUGCACGGCUUUUGUGCUCAUCAAUCACUCAUCGAGACACCAGAGGAAGAGAGGAUUUCAUACGCUGAUAAUUUAAUCUGAAUCAUCGUGUAGCUCUGCGUAAUCCAGAGAAUCUGUCCACUUCGGGGGAAAAAAAAAAAAAAAAAAAAAAGACUUCUCGAGUAAGGAAUGACUUCAGGUCAGAUACAGUUAUUGUGCUGAGAGUCUUACGUAACGUGUUUGAUGUGGGUCAAAAAUAACUUAGCCCUGCGCCUUGGAGGUUGGAAGAUGCAACCCACAUACAGUGCAGAACCGUGUUCCAGUACCACAGGCUGAGCCAAGAAAAGGGUUUCAGUCGUUACCAGUGCAUAAGUCCAGAUACUUCUCUUUACGAGGGGUUGUUAUGAGGUAAAUGUCAAAUGAAGACACAAGGGAACAGAGUUCAUCCUCAAAGAAUUUCAUUCCUCGCUGCCUCAUCUUUCUCUUUGACCUCCCCGUUUGCAUCUGUGAGGGAUUAGACUUGUGGUUUUCCCAGGCUAUUUUGGACUCCACCCCCCUCCCCACCCCCAAUAUUGUCGUUGGAAAACUGAUACAGACGCAUGUAUCGGGUCUCGACAGAAAUUAGUUGUUCAUCAUCUUUGACGUGGAUUUUUUUUAUUUUUUUUUAUUGUAUUAUGCAGUACUCCAACACAUUGUGUGGCAGAUAACUAUGAAGUGGAAGAAGAAGUGCAUCUGGUUUAAAAGUCUUACAAAUAAAAAUCUUUUCUAACAGAACUAUGCCCUUUGACCUAAUCUACACCAUAGUAGCUCUGGCUGUGUGUUCAGGGUCACUGUCGUGAAAGAAAGUAAAGCUCCUCACCAGUCUGAAAUCUGCCGUGUCUAAUAGGUUUUCUUCCAGAAUCAUCUUGUAAUUAACCCCCAUUUGUCUUCCAUGUCUCUGUCCAUGAAAACCGCACCAAUGUUUCACCAAAGGGAGAUGUGUUCAGGUUAAUGAGCAAUGUCUUCUGUCACACAUAAAGUUUUGCAUGUUGGUCAAAAAGUUAUAUGACGGAAGCACCUUUGUCCAAAUGUCUGCUGCCUCAUCUCUUAGCAUGAGUUUUUAGAGCUUUCAGUGUUCAAUGCUUUCAAUGUUUUUGCUCCACCACUCUUACAAAAAAGACAGAUGGUUGUGGAGUCAAUUGAUUCCCAAACAUAAGCUGUGGAUCUCUGCAGCUCCUCCAGAGUCACCAUUGACUUCUUGACUUCUCUGAUGAAGGCGCUCCAUCUGCUGAAGUGGUCGACCAUGUCUUGGCAGCUGUUCAGAGCACAGUUGUGCUUAACAAACUGGGAAAAAGUUGAAGAGGGAUGAGUGCCUUUACAAGGUGCUAUAAAUGUUGACAUUUGUUGUCUCCUACAUGAUGACUUUUAUCCUUGGAGCUUGGCUUAGCUUAUUGAACCAAACACGAUCUGCAACCAAAGAAGCACUAUGAUUAGCAAGAUAGUCCACAUUUAAACUGCCUGUUCUACUCCUCCUUGUCUUUAUUUUACCGUGGAUGGAUUAAGCGCACACUAAGCCGGAGCUUUCCCUUUGUGAAGUGCUGCCAAGCAAACGGUAAGAGGCUCCUGGCUCUCAGGUUCAGUACCUGGCAUCCACGAAGCUGCUGCUGGCACCUACCUUUCAUCAGCCAUCUGUAAUCGCCUGUGCCCCCGACAACUUCCACAAGUGUGCCCUUGCAUGUCGCAGCGUCCAAAUGGCCAGCUGUCUCUGCUUUUGGACCUCUGUAUGACACUUCAUGGUGGGUAAAUCAGCGACAAUGAGAACAAAUCAAAGGCUUUCGUGAUGUGUUCUCUCGAUGAGCUCCCUUAAAAGGUGAAGGAGGAUUCAGCGCAGUAUGCACAUUCUCUCUAGAGAUUACCACUAAUAUGAGCAGUGUUUGGACGAGUUGACCAUCGCUGUGCCUGACUUCAGCCUCACUCUCGCCUCACAUCAGCCGAGGUAGACGCUUUAGAGGACAGCUCUGCUCUUUGGGGAAGAAGAGGGAACAUUUUCUCUGCAUAUUCUACUUGAUUAAAAUAAAGAAAAGCGAAACAAAAUGUCCUCCGUUGAGCGGUUUGACUGUCAUUACUGCAAAGACUCUUUGCUGGGGAAGAAGUACAUCAUGAAAGAGGACACACAGUAUUGCACAAAGUGCUACGAGAACCUAUUUGCUAACUGCUGUGAAGUGUGCUCUUUACCUAUUGGCUGCAACUUCAGGGACCUGUCCUAUAAGGAUCACCACUGGCAUGAGCAGUGCUUCAAGUGUGCAAAGUGCAGCCGCUCACUGGUGGAGAAGGCCUUUGCAGCCAAGGAGGAUUUACUGCUCUGCACUGAAUGCUAUGCACACGAUUACUCAUCCAAAUGCAACACCUGCAAGAAGACCGUCAUGCCAGGUUCCCGAAAAAUGGAGUACAAGGGGAACAGCUGGCAUGAGACUUGCUUCCUGUGCCACCGCUGCCAACAGCCAAUAGGAACCAAGUCUUUCAUCCCCAAAGACUCUGGCUACUUUUGUGUGCCCUGCUUUGAAAAGCAGUUUGCAUACCAGUGCUGUGCUUGUAAGAAGGCCAUCACCACGGGUGGCGUGACCUAUCAAGAUAAGCCGUGGCAUCGUGAGUGCUUCCUCUGCAUCGGCUGCAGAAAGCAGCUUUCAGGGUAUCGCUUCACGUCCAGGGAAAACUACCCCUACUGCCUGGACUGUUUCAGCAACCUGUAUGCAAAGAAGUGUGUCGGUUGCACCAAACCCAUUUCUAGUUUGGCAGGUGCCAAAUACAUCUCAUUUGAGGAGCGCCAGUGGCACAGCGAGUGUUUCACCUGCAUGCAGUGCUCUGUGUCUCUGGUGGGACGCGGCUUUCUCACCCAGCGGGACGACAUUUUGUGCACCGACUGCGGCAGGGAGAAAUGACCUGUGCAUGACAAGUUCACCCACGAUGCAACAUCUUAUGCUCUCUUUUGUUAAUACGCUGGGCACGUUAAUCGGUACUAGAUUGGAUGAUGCUGUUCCCUCAUAACGUGAUCAACAUUUUCUCAUUUUGCUUUAAUGUAGUGUUCUUUUGUGAAAGUCUUCAUAAUGGCAUUCAUAUCAAUGCUACUGUGACAUUUGGUGCUUCUGUAAACUUCUCAGUUUCCUGUAAACAUGUACAGCCGUGGUGCUUUAUGCAAAGAUGCUUAUUCAUUUUGACAAGAGUGAAAUAAUGUUUGUUUUUAGACUGUAGAUCAAAAAUAUGUGAGAAAAAACUGAAUUACUUGGUGCUAAAAAAAAGAAAACAGUAUCUGCUGCCUUGCAUGACACUUGCACAUCAAUGCAUGCAAAUAUAUUCACAAAAUAACAUGAAUUUUGUCAAAAUAUAAGACGUUGCUGCAAUAAAGUAUUCUAAUAUC